UGCCAUGUGACUGAGCAGGAUAAUUGGUCUGAGGCCCUCUGGGUAAAGACCAAUGGUCACACAAAGGCUUUGUUUGCUACCAAUUAGGCCAAAAGGAAGUAAGAAAAAAAAGUAAUCUGCACAGGCUGGGAGUUUUUAUGAAGGACACAGCUGAGACCGUGUCACCAGUGUCAGGCUGGGAGAUGCUACUGUUACAGACCGUCCUCCGGGGGGCAUCACUCGACAUCUCCUUCUUUUCCCCCCACGCAGAUGACAGAGAUGAAAAUACUGAGGCGACAAUGUCGAGGAGAUCAUUAUAUGGACUGUACCCCUACAAGUCCAGCAUGCUUGGACUGGAGACUCUGGGCGAUCCAUCAGGUGACUGGGAUAUAGUGGAAACCAUUGGCAAAGGAACUUAUGGAAAGGUCUACAGAGUGACCAACAAAAAAGAUGGGAGCCAGGCAGCAGUGAAAGUGCUGGACCCGAUUAAUGAUGUGGAUGAGGAGAUUGAGGCAGAAUACAACAUACUGAGGUCCCUGCCCAACCAUCCUAACGUGGUGAAGUUUUAUGGCAUGUUUUAUAAGUCGGACAAAUUAACUGGCGGACAGCUCUGGCUGGUACUGGAGCUGUGCAACGGCGGCUCUGUCACAGAGCUCAUCAAAAGCCUGCUGAUGCGUGGCCAGCGUCUGCAGGAGCCUGUUAUCGCAUACAUCUUAUGCAGUGCCCUCUUGGGGCUCCAGCAUUUGCACAACAACCGGAUUAUCCAUCGUGACGUCAAAGGCAACAACAUCCUCCUGACAACUGAGGGAGGAGUCAAACUGGUUGACUUUGGUGUUUCAGCGCAACUGACGAGCGCACGACUGCGGAGGAACACGUCAGUCGGGACACCGUUUUGGAUGGCUCCUGAGGUCAUAGCCUGUGAACAGCAGUACGACUACUCCUAUGAUGCCCGCUGCGAUGUGUGGUCUCUCGGCAUCACAGCCAUCGAGCUGGCAGACGGAGAUCCCCCUCUGGCUGAGAUGCAUCCAGUAAAAGCCCUUUUCAAGAUCCCACGAAAUCCCUCACCCACAUUACGACAUCCUGAAGAGUGGAGCAGGAGUUUCAGCCAUUUCAUCAGCCAGUGCCUGAUAAAGGAUUUUGAGGCACGUCCAUCUGUGACCCACCUUCUGGAGCACCCCUUCAUCAAGCAGGCCCAUGGCAAGGACAUAGCUCUCCGUCAGCAGUUAGCAGCUCUCAUCCAAGAGCAGCAACAAAUAGGCUGCAAAACCAAAUCCAAGCACGUCCGGAUCAAUACUCGUAAAACCCUCAUAAUAGAGAGCUGUCCUGAUGAUGAUCUGGUGAACCUGGAGUUCUUAGACGAGGAGACAAUCAUCAGCCAUCUCCACAAGAGGUAUGAUGAGCUGCAGGUGUACACUUACGUCGGUGACAUCCUCAUCGCUCUCAAUCCUUUCCAGAAUCUCAGCAUCUACUCUCCCCAGUUCUCUAAGCUGUACCAUGGCGUAAAGCGAGCUGACAACCCUCCACACAUCUUUGCUACUGCAGAUGCAGCUUACCAAGGCAUGGUGACAUUCUGCAAAGACCAGUGUAUCAUCAUUAGUGGAGAAAGCGGUGCUGGGAAAACAGAAAGUGCUCAUUUAAUUGUUCAACAUCUUACUUUCCUGGGAAAGGCAAACAAUCGGACACUCCGUGAGAAGAUUUUGCAGGUUAACCCUCUCGUCGAGGCCUUUGGAAACGCUUGCACGGCAAUCAAUGACAACUCCAGCCGCUUCGGCAAGUACCUGGAGAUGAAGUUCACGUCGACAGGAGCGGUUAUUGGGGCCAAGAUAUCUGAAUACCUGCUGGAGAAGUCGAGGGUCAUCAAACAGGCUCCGGGGGAGGAAAAUUUCCACAUAUUCUAUUACAUAUAUGCCGGCCUUUACCACCAAGACGAGCUGAAGACUUACAGCCUGCCAGAUGGGACACCUCCCAGGUACAUUGACAGUCAGCACUGCAAAGUGAUGCAAGACAUUGUGUCAAGGAAACAAUAUAAAGAGCAGUUUGAUGCCAUUCAGGAGUGUUUCCGAAAUAUCGGCUUUACAGAAGAGGAGGUCGACUCUGUUUACAAAAUUCUCUCAGCAAUUUUGAAUACUGGGAAUAUUGAAUUUGCCUCCAUCACAUCCCAGCAUCAGACCGAUAAGAGUGAAGUGCCUAACUCAGAGGCCUUAGAGAACGCUGCGUCUCUCCUCAGCAUUGGACCCGAGGAGCUCCAGGAAGCACUUACCUCUCAGUGUGUGGUCACGAGGGGCGAGACCAUCAUCCGCACCAACACCGUGGACAAAGCCGCCGAUGUCCGAGACGCCAUGUCCAAGGCCUUGUACGGACGGCUCUUCAGCUGGAUAGUGAAUCGCAUCAACUCACUCCUGCAGCCUGACAUGAAUGUCUGUGCCGUAGAGAGCGGCAUGAAUGUGGGAAUCCUGGACAUCUUUGGAUUUGAAAACUUCCAGAAGAACUCAUUUGAGCAAUUGUGCAUCAACAUCGCAAACGAGCAGAUUCAGUUUUAUUUCAACCAGCACAUAUUUGCUCUCGAACAGAUGGAAUACCAGAGCGAGGAAGUUGAUGCCAGCCUGGUGGAGUAUGAGGACAACAGGCCCAUUCUGGACAUGUUUCUGCAGAAGCCCAUGGGUCUGCUGUCCCUGCUGGAUGAAGAGAGCCGCUUCCCUCAGGCCACCGACCAGACCCUAGUGGAUAAGUUUGAGGACAAUUUGCGCUGCAAAUAUUUUUGGAUACCAAAACGCGUGGAGCUUUGUUUUGGAAUUCAGCACUAUGCCGGACAGGUAAUGUACAAUGUGAAUGGCUUUUUGGAGAAAAACAGAGACACUCUCCCUGCAGACAUCGUUGUGGUGUUGAGGACGUCAGAGAACAAACUUUUGCAGCAGCUGUUUUCCAGCCCCUUAACUAAAACAGGAAAUCUGGCGACGUCCAGAGCGAGGGUCACGGCCGCCUCCAGAUCUCUCCCACCACAGCUCGGUUCAGGACGCACCAAGUCUCCCAAAUACCUGUUGAAGGUGGACACCAUGGAGAUGAUCCGCCACCCAGAAGAAACCACCAACAUGAGGAGACAGACUGUGGCCUCCUAUUUCCGUUACUCCCUGAUGGACCUGCUGUCUAAGAUGGUCGUGGGCCAGCCACACUUUGUGCGCUGCAUCAAACCUAAUGAUGACAGGCAGGCACUGCUCUUCUGCAAGGAGCGAGUGAUGGUGCAGCUGCGUUACACUGGGAUCCUGGAGACGGUGAACAUCCGCCGCCAAGGCUACUCCCAUCGCAUCCUGUUUGAAGACUUUGUCAACAGAUAUUACUAUCUUGCAUUUCGGGCUCACGAGAUGCCUGAAACCAGCAAAGAAAAUGCUGUUGCCAUACUGGAGAGGGCCAAAUUAAAAGACUGGGUGCUGGGAAAGACCAAGGUUUUUCUGAAAUACUAUCAUGUGGAACAACUGAACCUGCUGCUGCGGGAAGUGAUAGCUCGGGUGGUGGUGAUGCAAGCUUACACUAAAGGCUGGCUCGGGGCCCGGCGUUAUCGAAAAGAGAAGGAGAAGAGAAGCCGUGGGGCCACAAUCAUCCAGUCAGCCUGGAGGGGCUAUGUUGCUCGGCAGAACCUCAAGCAAAUCAAAAAAGAGCGGGAAGAGGCAGCUGUCCGCAUACAAUCAGCUUAUAGGGGCCAUCGGGUGCGUCGGGACUGUGGACCCCAGGAGCACAGAUGUCACCCUGAGGCUGGAGAAAAGACCACCAAAGAGGAGCAUUUAGGGUACAGCCCGGACAACAAAGAGGCAGACGGAGAUUACACACAUAAAGAAGAUCGGAGAAGAAGACAGGGUGGUACAGGAACGAGAGAAUCAAAAGGCUGGAAAUUCACGGCUGAGAAUAAAUGCUCGCUCUUCCCUGAGGUUGGCCCUGACAGCCAAGACAGACAAGUGAAAGACAUCAAGAGAGACAAAGGCAGAGCAGAAGACAGUGUAACGCAGCCGUGCAGGGAGACGGCAAGGCUGCGAGACAUGCAGUGUAAACAAGGUCCAGUGAUGAAGCUGCAGCAGAGAACUCCUCGCCGGCGGGGCCAGCAGCCCAAGCUGCUCAACAGCCCCGAAGACAGCCUGUACUACAACCAGCUAAAUAGAACUCUGGAUUACCAGGGGAGCAAGAGGAAGCCGAGAAAACUUGGUCAAAUCAAAGUGCUGGAUGGAGAAGAUGAGUACUACAAAUUACUGUCAACUGUGGAGUCGAUCCCUGAGGAAGAGCACUCAACCACCGCCCCUACCCACCCUUUCUAGUUGGGCCCCUCGUCAGUCAGAGCUGAACCUUGCAACCAUGUCAGCCGAUUGCCUUCAUUUGUGUUGUGGACCAAAACAACCUGCUUCCCAACAUCUCACUUGACAUCUGUUGUAAAUUUAUAUUUAUUUCAUGUAAAUUGUUGUUUUAUAAGAGUUAAAUAAAUGUGUCUAAAUGUUUUUUUAAUUCAUAUUUAUUACUGGUGUAUAACGGUAUUUUGAUAUUGUAGGCAAAACUAUUUUACCUGCCACAAAUCUGUUGUUUUAUACAUUUUUUUUCUCACUUUAGAUUGAUGAAGUAUUUCCCUCUCCCUUUUUAGAUCAGACACAAUAGUUUGGUUACAGCUAAUUGUUUCAGCGCGUGCUGGCACUUGCACAUACUGUUAAAAACUUAUGGCAAUAAAAACAUAAUUAGUCGUUCUUUCUUUGCCUUAAUUGCCCUUUACAGAAAUGAUUGUCACCUGUUGAAUGUCUAUGAUCCACCCCACUGUUUUCUUUGAUUUGCACUGUUAAGAAAGUGUAAAAUAUAUAUAUAUAUAUGUAUAUAUAACUACCAUGAGUGUUUUGUUUUUUGUUCUUCUACAUACAGAUUCCUGAAUGCAGGUUCCUGCAUAUCUGCACCCUGAACAUUAUUUCUGAUGCUCAACUCUCCACUUUAUACUAGAAAAGGCUUUAUGAAGUACAUAGUUGGUGCUGACUGAGUCCAUGUUCAAACCUUUCCAGGCAGCAAACUGUUGCAGUGGGGGUCCCUCCAAGUUAAUUUUCCCCAUCAAAUGCCGCAGGCAGAAAUUUCCUUUAGCCAAACCGUCGCUGAGGCGGCCCUGUAAAACUUGAGGCAUGGCCAUAAGAUGGUGAAGGUUUGGAGCAAGUAAAUUACCUCGGGAACCGGACAUUGUGUUAAGCACACUGUUAUGAAUUUCUUACAAACUAUAUCAAAGUCCUGCUUAGCCAAAUCCUUCCCUCAGGUGGGGUCCUAUUGAGAUGCAUUAAAAUGUAAGAACCCACAUUUAGGGCUGAAACGAACAUCUCAAAGGAAGAUAUCAAUAAUUUUUGACUGCUGAUGGCUCGCGGAAUUCAUGCAGUUGUCACAUAUGGCUGAAAUAUGCCUUGCUUGGCAUAUGACAGCUCGCAUAUAAAGCUGAUUUAAGUGGAAAUCCACCUUAAAUCAGAAUUAACAUCUGAUGUUUUUAAUGCCUAUGAACCAGGCUGCUGUAGUAGAAAAAUGUUGUUUUAGGGUGGAUUCCUCCUUUACUGUUGACAUAAGAGAGCAGAUUACAACAUUUGACAUUUAUCUGACAUUUAAACCUGGAAGUAAAAACUAACUGACAGCACUUUGCUGCACAAAUACACACUUUACAGAACAGACUGUGGAUUUUUUUUUUAACCAGUGACAUCUGAAGUCUUACAAAUAGCUGGUUAAGCAAAUUUACAGCAUCCUGUAGUUUUAUCGUGUACCUUUCAUGUAGUUUGAGCUCCUUUGUGCUAAGAUCCUUCAAACAGUUUCGCACCAGUGAAGCUCACAAAAAUUUCCAAUGAGGUGUCAUUUAUGAAGCCUUUAUAAGUUUUAAUAGCUUUAUAAAUACUUUAAACCUGCAUUUCUUCUUCUUCUUCUUCUUU